AUGAGCUCGCGUAGUCCGCGCUCAAAUAAACCUGACACCGAUGCGAAUAGCACGCGUUUUGCCCGCCUCACCGCUGCCUCUGGCUCGACUGCUGCUGCUGCUGCUGGAGGUCACCCACGCCCCCGCGCCACCGAUGACGAUGACGAGCGCGCGUUGAUCUCGCGCCAGACCGCCCGCAAGCGCCGCGCCGAGAACUACCUGCGCGAGGCCAUCCCCUUGCUGCAGGACGAAGACCACCGCGAUGUCCCCGCGGGCGGUCCCACGACGCUCGCCGAGGCAGUCCAGCUUUUUGAAUCGCGCCGCGCCAACAACAACGCAGCAGCUUCUGCUUCGACUGCUUCGACUUUGACGUCAUCGCCUGCAGCAGCAGCAGCAAGUCUGCCCCGCCACCUCACCCCGAACUCGGACAUUGCCGCAAGUAGUGACAGCGCCAUCGUCCAUCUCGGCAAGUUCUUUGACGCCUGCGUGCGCGACAAGGUCGUCUCGCUGCCGGGAAAGCCCAUCGCCAUUCCGCUCUGCUCCCUGCUCGUCCGUCUCGCUGGAUCCAAGUCGGGCAGCAUUGUGUCGCCCCGUCUGACGUCAUCCGCCCCGCUGGCCCUCGAGCUCUUCCUCUGCUUUGCCGUCCAGGUGGCCGAUUUCCAGGAGGCGGUCGAGCGCCUCUCCGUCAACGAUCUCGCCGGCCUGCGCUUCCACCGCCACAUUGCCGAGAUUGACGACGCCGCCCGCUCCGUGCUCGGCAUCAAGCAAGACCAAGCCCGCCUCGUCUUCCGCUUUGGCACCAAGACCAAGGACGGCUCUGGCUCGGGCACCCACCCCACGACACCCGACGGGGGCGUGGUCAUGAUGAACUCGCCCGACUUUGCCGCUUUUGGCCUUCCUUCGCCAGCCAUGGGCGGCGGCGGCGCCCUGGACGACUUUACCUCCAACAGGUCGUUUGCCGGUGGCGCCCAUCUGUCGAGCCCCAGCAACCGCGCGGGGGCGGGACAGGACGCCCACGAGCAGCCUGACCGCAACCGCCAUGGUCCCACACCAGGCCGAACGCCAUGCUCCGCCGGGGAAGUGACUGCCUUCUCUCGCUCACUUGUCGCCUCGGCUGAUGAUUGCGUGACAAGCCGGUCGCAAUGGCGCCUUCC